UAGCUCUCGAUCAUGCUGGAGCUCUCUAUCGCGCGCGCACACACUUCAAACAACACAAGAAAAAUGAAAGACGAUGAAGAAAGCGACAACGUCACAUUCGGUUGAAACGGUUGAGGUAACUCAAGUCACAUACGCAACAAAAUUUCUUUCUCUCUCUCUUUUCGCUACAUAUACACACAUUACAACCAAGUGUGUAUAUCAAUUGAAAAGUAUUUUUCAUACGCAUCGCGAAGCCAACCGAAUAAUGUUGAGGUUUUUAACGUAGCACGAACGAACGCGAACGAACGAAGACAAAAAAAAAACUAACUAAACACAAAAAUAAUUCCCAUGAAAUUUUUCUAUUUAUAAGUGACUUUAGAUAUCAAUGACAGUGAUUUUGAAUUUCAUUGCAAUUUGCGAGUUCAGCAAAAUAUCAUCAUCCAUCGUCUUCGCGAUCAGAUUUGUCGGGCGAAACGCGCUGUAAUCUUUUGAUUUUAUAACUAAAUGUAUUUUAUUGCAAUUGCAUUUAACGAUCAAAUGAAAGAUGACGAUUUUUAGAAGAAAACCUGUUAGUUUUUGGAUUAUACUUUCAUUUCACCUCAUUCUACUCACAAUUCACAUUGAUGCUGUUAAUCGAAAGGUGAUAUGCAAGAAAUCGAACAAAGAUCCAAAAAUAAAUGACAUCAAUUAUGAAUUCCAUGCGAAUUCACCGAAUGAAAUUUGUGACGAAGAUACGAUAUUUCCGACAACCACAUUAAGUACCGAAGCCACUCAUGAAAUCGGUGCAAAUAAAUUGAAAGAACUUGAUGGUUUGUCAACGCGUAAACCGCGAUCAGAGUAUACCGAUGGAAUUGUGCCGACAAAAUUGUUGCAAUUCGAUCCACAACAUCCGCCAGCAAGUGCGUCAGCCGUAGCCGAAGAACGUCAGAAUAAUCCAAAUGCUGAUAUUCAAGACAUCAUAACCGGAAUUGUUAAAUUACUAAAUGGAAACGUAAAUGUUCACGCAAAUACACAAUACUCACCGCCACCAACUCGACGAUAUGCUACGCGUAUAAAUAAUCGUGGUCCGCCUCGAAUAUCGGAAAUGCCACUUAUACUACCUGUCAUUGAUGAUAAAUUUAGUAAUAUUCCGCCACAAAAAACAACACCAUUUCCAAAUGGAAUGCGAAAACCACCAACUGUACCGUAUCCAUUUGAUAUGCCACCGCCGCCGCCGCCGCUGACAUCAUCACCGGAAAAACCACUUCGAAAUGAGCAUCCAUUGAUGGUGCACAAUAAACCAGUGCCAACAAAUCGACCACCAUGGCAUGGUUCACGAACACGACCACCGAUUCAAAUAACAAAUACAAAUCGUUUGCAAAUGCCCAGCCGAGUAUCACAUUUGCCACCGCAACCAUCACAAGAUCUUCGUCCGCCCAGCAAAACAAUUGUUAAUCCACCAGCAUACAGUACACGAAUUCCUGACGUAAAUAUUAAAAUGCCCGAUGUGUAUUCAAGUGAAAAACCAGCACCAAAUCCAAUGGAACAAAUGGUGACAAAACCAAAUGUUCAAACCGAACUACCUCCAAAAGAAAUAACUCGAAAACCAGAUCAUCCGAAGAAAACAACACGCAUUCCAUCGACCACAUCGAUUCCAAUUAUUGAAAGUAGCAAAGAAAUGGUCGAACUACCCGUUAGCAUACAAACACCUACCUCACCAUCGUUAUUCAUUCCGGAACGAUCGACAGAUGCAUCAGCUCCACCAGCAGCGGCUCCAUUUUCACAUGUACCACAUCCGUCGACUGAUUCAAAAGAACAUUUAAACACACCUGAGUUAUCGGUAUCGUCAAUUCGUACCACACAAGAAACAUCAUUAACAAUUAAAUCCACCACGGAACCAGUUGAAACGACGGCAAAGAACACAAUCUCACCAUCAAGAGUACAACAACCGACCGAAACCAUUGAUGCAACCGAUUUUAAAUCAUUUUAUGCACGUCCUGGCAUCGUUCUUGACGAUACAGAUUAUACACCCGGUACACCGGGUGCUUUGGAACCAUCAACUCAACCCGUUUUUCAUCAUGUUCAUCGUAAUACAGGCGUGCCAUCAUCGGCAACACUUUCAAACAUUUAUGCAGAAGUAUUUGAUGUCACAUUGUCAGCGAUUCAGGGCCAACCACAUCACAAUAAAGUGGUCGAUUUGAUUGAAAUCGGUAAUACCGAAGCGGGUGCAACUGAUGUGAUUGCAACGAAACUUUAUGGGACCGAUGGAAAUGAUAUCAUUGUUUCAGCAUCGGAUGAUAACAGUUUUGUAUCGAUCGAUGGUAAACGAACGUACAUCAAUCUAUUUGGGGAAACAGCCGAAACUGAACACCUGAAAAAACCAUUAAAAACCCAUGACGACAACCGAGUUUAUUCAUCGAAAACAGUCACACCAUAUGGUGAAAAAACGAAUUCAAUUCCGACGAAUCGAGGAAAACCAGUUCAAGUUCAUAAACCAUUUGCAAAUCAUACAACAAGUUCGCAGACACCAUUUACAAUGAGAUAUAAUUACCGAACAAAACCACAACAAAAUGCUGUUCGAAUCGAUACAUGUAUUGUUGGCGAUGAUUCUACUUGCGACAUUGCACAAAAUGAAGUAUGCAAAACGGAUUCGGGUGUGUCAAGUUGCCACUGUAGACCAGGUUAUUCUCGUCGCAAGUAUCGUGAUCCAUGCAGACGUGUUGUAUCGUUGAUUAUGUCAAUGCGAAUUGACAAAUAUUACGAUAAACCAAUCGUUUGGGAUAAAGUAUUUGCCGAUUCAAAUAGUGAACAAUUUGAACACAUUAAUUUCGAAUCACUACGAGCAGUUGAUUCGGUGAUGUCAAUGACGCCAUUUUCGGACGAUUUCAUUAGCGCUCGAGUGCAUAAUAUUUAUGCGGGCAACGCAAGUCAAGGUUCACCGGGUGUAUAUGUCAACAUGACCAUUCAACUUGAUGGCAAUACGGAAAGUGCCCGAAACUAUAUACAAUCUGAUUUACAAAAGCAAUUGAUUGCGGUCAUUCAUCGUCGAAAUAAUAACAUUGGCAAUUCAGCAUUGUAUGUCGAUCAACCGGCCGGUUCGAUAUCAAGUCUUUAUGAUUUGGACGAAUGUUCAUCGCGUGAGUUAAACGAUUGUCAUCCAAAUGCAAAUUGUACAAAUUCAUGGGGAACAUUUCAAUGCAAAUGCGCGGCGGGAUUGAGAGAUCCAUGGUCGGAUCAAAUUCAAAGGGCCGGCCGUGAAUGUAUUUCAUGUUCGAAUACGUAUUGUAAUAAUCGUGGAAGUUGUCAAUACGAUGAGAGUGGCACACAAUUGGUGUGUAUUUGUGCAAACAGCUAUUAUGGCAGCCAAUGUGAAAUUGACGGUGACAUUUUGGCUGUAUCGGUUGGCGCAUCAAUUAUAGCCGUGUUGAUUAUAACAUUGACAUUAGUUUGCUUGGUUAUGUGGGGUCGCCGAUGGAAUCAAGAACAAAAAGAAAUGGUUGGCAGUCCAGUAUUUAAUUAUAUAACACGCGCCAAUUUGGACACACACAUGAAAACGAUGCAAUCGAAAACAUACCAGGCCGCACUGGAAGAUCGAAUGCGAUGGGCUCAAAUUGCAGAUGUUAUGGCACAAUCCAAUCAUUAUGCGGUUGAACCAGUUGCACCGCAAAGAGUGCAACCAGCACCAUUGUAUGUAUAUCAAAAUAUGCAUCAUCCAAAUGGUACUGCCAGUCUCUCAAUGGCUGGAACAUUGCCCGUGGGACGUAAUCGUGAGCUAUCAAUUCCUAUUUCGAGAAUGGAUAUGGAAUCAGUGUCAAAGAUGCGAAGACAUGAGACUACAAGUUCAAGUGAGGAAGAUGAUUUAGUGGACUUACUUGGCAGUAACACAUAUCAGAGUCCAACCGGUAUCUAUUAUGAUGUGGAUUGUGAAUCAUCCGAUCAGCAACAUGGCACAUCAACAUUACAAUCAACGCUGGAAAGUGGUGGUCCAUUGUUCAGUCUAUCGAAUGCGCCAAGAGUUCCAAUGUCAACUUAUACACCCAAUCCACAUCCUCGCAUGUACCCGAGAAACUAAUGCCUCUAAAAGAAAUGAUUUUUUCCUAUAUAAUUACUAUUUAUCUUAUAUUACUAUAAAAGAAAUGAAAAGUGUUCGCGAUAUAAUUUUAGUCUGUCCAAAAUAGUUUCUCAAGUUAAACAGCAUUUUUUUGGUGUUCAAAACUUUACCUUUAAAAAUGCCGUUUAAGUUCAGAAACGCAUGCAAACAGUUCCACGGAAUCAAAUGAGCUUAUUUAUUUAUUUAUUAAUUGAUUUUUUCUAUGUGUAAAUAAAAAAAAAUGCGAAUCGCACAAUUAUCGUAAAUUAAGUUCUUUCCCCAUUUCGACAAAUUGGUCGAUCAAUCAAAACUGCACUGAUCUAGCAUCUAUUUAUUAUUCGCAUCCCAUUCUAUUCAGAGACUGUUUUUUAGAGCAAUAUAUGUGAAAAGAAGCGCUCUGAAGAGUCGGAGAAGCGCCUAACUUUUAAGACUUUGCUCAGUGCUUCUCCGGCACCUCUUCACAUACAUUGCCCUAAAAACAGUCCCUGAUUCUAUUAUAUAUAUAUUUUUUCUUUUUUUUAUAAAAUAAAAUUUAUUUGUUAUAUUCAGACAAUAUAUUUAGC